UCCGGGUGUUGUCUGGUUGCCGCCGCCGCGCGUCUCCGGUCUCCCGGCCGCCGCUGCCGCCGCUGCCGCCUCGGGUCCCGGAGCCAGGAGCGACGUCACCGCCAUGGCCGGCAUCAAAGCUUUGAUUAGUUUGUCCUUUGGAGGAGCAAUUGGGCUGAUGUUUUUGAUGCUUGGAUGUGCCCUUCCAAUAUACAACCAAUACUGGCCUCUCUUUGUUCUGUUUUUUUACAUCCUUUCACCUAUCCCAUACUGCAUAGCGAGAAGAUUAGUGGAUGAUACAGAUGCUAUGAGUAACGCUUGUAAGGAACUUGCCAUAUUUCUUACAACAGGCAUUGUUGUCUCAGCUUUUGGGCUCCCUAUUGUGUUUGCCAGAGCACAUCUGAUUGAGUGGGGAGCUUGUGCACUUGUUCUCACAGGAAACACAGUCAUCUUUGCAACUAUACUGGGCUUUUUCUUGGUCUUUGGAAGCAAUGAUGACUUCAGCUGGCAGCAGUGGUGAGAGGAAUUACUGCACUAUUGUCAAGUGGACUUCUUGUCAUUUGUUGGCCAUCUACGCACACAGGAGCUGGGGCAGGGAAGCUGAGUGGCACAGCAAGCCUCUUGGGGGUAUUCUGGAUGCUCCCUUCUCACUUUUAUUGUAAGCAUACUAUUUUCACAGAGACUUGCUGAAGGAUUAAAAGGAUUUUCUCUUUUGGAAAAGCUUGACUGAUUUCACACUUAUCUCUAGUAUGCUUUUUGUGGUGUCCUGCUGAAUUUAAAUAUUUAUGUGUCCCUGUUCAGUUACUUUUUUAAAUCAGUAUGCAAUGUUAAGCAUUUUAAAAAUGUAGUAAUAACCAUUUACAUUGGUUAGAAAUUAGACUUCUGCUGGCUAUUACUGGGCUAAAGGACAUCUUUUGUCUUAAAAUUAUUUAACCUCCAUUGCAAAAGUUCAAAGAAGUUUUCAAUCAGUCAGGAUGACAUCACUCCCAAUUUUAUGCAAACAUACAGACUGUUGGCAUACCUUAUAGACUGUACACUCAGCGCAAAUAUAGCUGCAUUUAUACCUCAGAGGGGCCAAGUAUUAAUGCCCGUGCCCUCCUAAGGGUUGCUGGUUUUGCCAGGAAGCAGGUGUUUUGUGAAUUGAAAAUUAUUUUAUGGGAUUGCUGCAAAGAAGUGCUUUUCUUCUCAAUUGUUAGAAGAAUUUAUUGUUAAAGGUAAGCGUGUAAAAGCAGAUUUUUGAGAUGGUUUUUAUUUAUGUUUAUUAUAGUUAAAGUAGAGUGAGUUGCAUUGUGGGAAGAAACGACAUUGAAAUUCCACUUUUUGAAUCCUCUUUCUGUCUCUGAGUGAAAUGUUUGAUCUUCUAUCAGCCUUCCAUAUUUUACCAUGGGUGAAACGGACAUACGUGGAACUAUACUACUGAUAAGGGAAAGUUGUAUGUUUGCGUCAUCUAGACCAGAAAACCUUUCCCUGCUUCCUCCUUUUAACUUAUUUUAUACAUUGUAUAUAUUAAGUAAAAUAACUUUUCAAAUAUAGUUUAAUAACACUUUAAAUUAGAGGUGUUUAUCUCACCUGGAAAGUAAUCUCUAUGCCAUACAAGCCGAGCGCCCCCUGCCCCGCAAGGCCUUGACAUGAUUAACAAGUGACUUGUUAGUCUUGCAGAGAAGUGAUGCAUUAACAAUUUAAGAUUUAGACCAUGGUAAUUGUAGUUCUUAUUCUCUAAGGUUAUAUCAUAUGUAAUUUAAAAAUAUUUAAGACAAGUUUCCUGUAUACCUCUCAACUUUCUUGAUUUUUAUUUCAUCAUGAUAGAUACGCUGUUCCUUUUAAAUGGCAUUUAUUGUGUGAAUUAAUGCAAAGUAGCCAAAUCCAGCUGUAUAGCAGCUUCAAACACAGACCUGACCAAAAAAUUCCCGGUAAUCAGGCAUGAUCAAAUGGUAGUGGUCAUUUGCAUCUCAACAAUUAUCAGUACCUUUUUCUAGAGCUAGUUAGGAAAGUGUUUGAGUUGGUCUGACAGUAUGUUGUUGAGGAUAUUUGUGUGUUUAGUCAGUAUACUUACAGGAAAAUUAUUUUGCCUUCAGACAAAACUGAGUGAUCAUGACAGCUAUCUUUUGUUGUUUUAUAGAGUUUAUUUCUCAAGAAAAUGGAAACAGAUUUUGGGUUUGUUCAGCUUUUUACUGAAGAUGUGUAAAGGCCACAGGUUUUAUUGCUGAACCCAUGUUGUGACUUUAGCUGUGAGAUGGGCAGCAGAACAAAAGAUCUGCAUGUGGCCGUCCCACUUAGACAGUAGGCUGGACAUGACUUGCGGUGUUAUAAUGACGGAGACCUAAAGAGGAAGGUACAGGUACGCAUGAAGUAGCUGGCCAUACAGUUGGGAACUCAGUGCCUGUGAUCUACUUGAUUUUUUUUUUUUUUUGCAGGCAGUACAUCCUCUGGCCCUUCCCCAUUUUCUGUUCUAGAAUAUCAGUGCAGUGCACUGCUACUGUUUUAUUCACUUGGCCAUAGACUCUUUUUCUAACAGCUGCAUAUUCUUUCUGUGUACUGAUUGCAUUGGCAGCAUUGUGUCUUUCGUCUUGCACACUAGCUUGACAUAGUGCUGUCUCUGAUUUCUAGGCUAGUUAUUUGAGGUAUGAAUUUUCCAUAGAAUAUGCACUGAUCCUGCAUUGCCAUUCUUCUAUGGAAAGAAAACUUUUGAUGAUGAAACAAUAAAGAUUUUAAAUAUCUAUUUUAGUUGUGGAUGUUUUUGAAAUGAAAAUAUACUAUGCACCUCAGGAACUGAAGUGCAUUACUCAUUUUAAUAAUGUGAUAUAAAACGAGUAUGGCAUUAAUCAUUAAUGUUGGACUUGCUGGAGUUUCACUCCCAAAAUAGAAUUGAAACCAUAGUAAUAAAUGUUAACAGUGAAGCCCUAUGAUUUUGUGCUAUGGUGAAAGGAUUGGUAACCUGGGGAAGUAGAAUUUUUACCUAACCCUUUAUAAAAAAGCCAUAGAUGAUUUUGUUGUUAAAAAAAGAUCGUUGAUAAUCUAAAGUCAAGGUUGUACCUGUUCUUAAAUUUUCAGAUCUUUUUUAUGACUGUAUGUUUUAUUGUGUAUUUAUCACCAUUCAUCAGUAGAGCAUUUUGCCUUUUGCAAACAUUUCAAAUAGUUAAUGGUAAAAAAUCUGUGUGGUACAGUGUGAACGGAGAAAAAUACUGUUCUCUUUUAUCAAACAUGAAUCUUGUCCCAAAUUGUCCUAAUUAUAUAACCUCAUUAUAUACUUUAAAAAGUUUAGAUCAUAGUUUCUUAGUGUUUGCUCUAAUACAAUUUUUGGGGUGUUUUGUCAAAAUAACCCAGAUUUCUAGAGUAAACCCUGGAAUAUGUAUAUUGAAUGUGACAAGAUUCAUUCCUAAGUUUCAGGUAACUUUAAAUCAGCACGUCAGAUUUAACAAGCAGCCAUGCAACAAUAGUACUGUCAAGUGAUAUGUACGUUUUACAUCUCGGGAUGCUUUAUGGUUUGUAAAACUGGUGGGAAAUUCAAAAUCAUGUUUCUUCCAUAUAAGCCUAUGUUAUCCUUUCUCUGGGUGAAGAUUAGGGAGCUCUUAUUUUAUUACAGGCCUCCUAAUUUUCUGGCGUUCCCAGAGAAGAGAACAUAUCCUAUAAAAUAAAUAUCCCAGAUAACUGAAGUUUAUCUCAAA